CACUUUGGUAACAUAGGAGCUCAGAGCCACAUGCAUUCUCCCGGGAUUUCACAGUGACUCUCUCCCCGGGCCCCCUCUCGCAGCUCACUGACAUGGCGCCCCUGUCCCUGUCCCUGUCUUCCCUCCUCAGACACGGGGAGUGUCUCCACAGGACCGCCGUCUUCUGUAGCGUCCUGCAGGGCUCACACCAGCGGCCCUGCUCCUCCAGCUCCCGCUCAUGGAGACGGAGUUUCGGUUCGGUCCCGCUCGGAGUCGGUCGGCUCCUGUCACGGCAGCAGCAGCUGCUGCACGGAGCCUCAGUGUGUCGCAGCAGCUCCUCUUCAAACGGGCAGGACAUGACGGAGAGACUGUGGUCUGUUUACAAUCAGACCAAGAAGCAGACGCAAGAUAUGAUCCCAGCCAUUUGCGCCAACUCCGUCAACCCCAACACCAUUUUUGCAAACAACGAGAUGAGCCUGCGAGACAUCGAGAUCUACGGCUUCGACUAUGACUAUACCCUCGCCUUCUACUCCAGCCACCUCCACACCCUGAUUUUCAACAUAGCCCGGGACAUUCUAAUCACUAACCACAGGUAUCCAGAGGCUCUGCGGAAGUAUGAGUAUAUUCCAAAUUUUGCAGUGAGAGGACUUCACUAUGAUGUGCAAAAGGCGCUGCUGAUGAAGAUAGAUGCUUUUCACUACAUCCAGCAGGGAACUGUAUACAGGGGUCUUCAUCCAGUUUCUGAUGAGGAAGUAAUUGCCAUGUAUGAAGGUUGUCACGUACCUCUAGAGAUCAUGAGCGACUUCUAUGGAAAGAGCUCCCACGGCCAAACCAUGAAACAGUUCAUGGACAUCUUCUCCCUGCCUGAGAUGACCCUCCUGUCCUGCGUCAAUGACUUCUUCAUGAGGCACAACAUCGACUACGAGCCAGUCCAUCUCUACAAAGACGUGAAGGAAGCCAUUAGAGAUGUUCACGUCAAGGGCAUUAUGUACCGAGCUGUGGAGGCAGAUAUUGAUAAAUACAUUUGCUAUGGUGAGCAAAGCCAUGCUGUGCUGAAGAAGCUGUCAGAGAGUGGAAAGAAAAUGUUCCUCAUCACCAACAGUCCUUUUGACUUUGUGGACCGAGGAAUGAGCUUCAUUGUAGGGAAGGACUGGAGGGACCUGUUUGAUGUUGUUAUUGUUCAGGCCGACAAACCCAGUUUCUUCAACGACAGGAGAAAACCUUUCAGGCGAGUGACAGACCAAGGCGCGUUGCUGUGGGACAGGAUUCACAAACUGGAAAAAGGGCAGAUCUACAAACAGGGAAACCUUUAUGAGUUCCUGAGACUCACCGGCUGGAGAGGAUCCAAAGUGCUGUACUUUGGUGAUCACAUCUACAGCGACUUGGCAGACCUAACACUGAAACACGGCUGGAGAACAGGUGCCAUCAUCCCUGAGCUGAGGAAAGAGAUCAAGAUAAUGAACACGGAGCAGUAUGUGCACAUGAUGACCUGGUUACAGGCACUGACUGGACUCAUUGAGCAGAUGCAGGUGCACAGGGAUCCCGCAUCUCAAGCUGUCGUUGAGGAGUGGAUCAGAGAAAGAGAGGCCAUGAGGCCACAGACGAAGGACAGCUUCAACCCCCAGUUUGGGAGUCUUUUCCGCACUUACCACAACCCCACGUACUUCUCACGCCGACUGUCGCGCUUUGCCGACAUCUACAUGGCCUCCAUCAGCUGCCUGCUCAACUACGACUUCCAGCACACCUUCUUCCCCCGCCGUAAUCCUCUGCAGCACGAGUCCCCCUUCUGGCCUGAGGACAUCCUGAAGGUCUGAGCGUCUCCGCGCAGCACCACAGGACCAAAGCAGAGUCUGGAGAGAGGAGAGAGAGAGAGAGAGAGAGAGAGAGAGAGAGAGAGAGAGAGAGAGAGAGAGAGAGAGAGAGAGAGAGAGAGAGAGAGAGAGAGAGAGAGAGAGAGAGAGAGAGAGAGAGAGAGAGAGAGAGAUAUUAAAAAAAUGAACAGGAACGAAGGAUUUUUAUUGCUGAUUUUAAACAACUUGAAAUAAGGUAUUGUAGAAGAUGCAUGCUGCAUUUUAGGUCAUGCAUAAUUGCUUACAAUCACAUUAAGUGUUGAUGUUUAUUACGUUAGAACUAGUUAGUUGUUUUUAUUUUCACCGAAUUUAGUCGAUUAUAAGCCAAAUGACACAACACAGAAUGUAAAGUUUCACUUUAAAUAUGCAUAGUCUCUAUUUUGAAGGCACUGAUUGUUUUUGGUUUACGUAUGUGUGUGUGUGUGUGUGUGUGUGUGUGUGUGUGUGUGUGUGUGUGUGUGUGUGUGUGUGUGGGGGGGUGCAUUGACCUUGUCAGGACAAGUAGUCCUCAUGGGGACAUAUACCUGGUCCUAAUGGGGCAAAAUGUAUUUUCUGAGCUCCUGGUGAAGGUCAGUGGUCACAUGUGAAUUGUGGUUGGUUAAGGUUUGGGUUAGGCAUGAAUUGGUCAUGGUUAAGGUUAGGGAUAAGGUUCUGGUUUGGCUGUCCACACAAAGAAUGGAAGUCAAUGCAAAGUCCUCAUAAGGAAGCUGUGCAAAUCUGUGAGUGUGUUGUGUAUGGGAGAGAGCGAUUUUGGUGCAAGAUUAUACGAAUAUAAUGCAACAGUUUAAACAAUAGGGGGCAGUCAUACAUCAAGUCUGUCACGCUGUGAAUUCUUCACCAUCUGUAAACAUUGUCUUUGCCUUUUUUAUCCUAACUGCAAGUUUAAAACUGAGAUAUGACAUUUGAAUUACAAACUCUGUUGCCUUAAUCUCACGCUCACGUUACUGCCAUGUAUAUAUUUUUGUUACAGCCUGAUAUUAUUUCUGUCAACCGUUUAAGUUCAUUUCACCUUGAGUUGAGAUCUUGUGAUGUCUUUUUUUCUCUUGUUUUGAUAAUAUUUGGCACCGCCUGUAUGUCUCUCCGAAGCAAAUGAGAGAUGUUAAUAUUUGUCAGGAGAAAAUAGAGUGCCGUUGCUAUAUUUAGCACGUGUGUUGCUAUUUGAUCUGUGCAGAGUUUCGAGGAUUUGUCUCCUUUUUUUUUCUUUUCAGAAAAUAUGUUAAAUGCUCUCACCCAUGCUAGAAUCUACUGUCGGCUAUAGAGAAGUUAAUAUUUCAUAUGUAAGAAGUUAAAAAGGGAAUUUAUAAACAUCUCCACCAGUGACCACACAAGACCUCAUGGUUUAUUUUAUUCAUUUGAUUGUGUUGUGUUUGUCCUGAUGUGUAUUUUUAUUUCAUUAUUUAUUAAAAUGGAAAUGGCUUAAUGAU